AUGGCUGGACUUCGAUUGGGGCCAGAUGACUCGGAGCUAUCGCAGCAGAGCCGAGCUGCUCCGGCCGAUCUCAUCUCCGACGACGACCGCUCCGUCGCCGCAGACUCAUGGUCCAUCAAGAGUGACUACGGAAGCACUCUCGACGACGACCAGCGCCACGCCGACGCUGCCGAGGCCCUCUCCGCGGCUAACCUCCGCGCCCCCUCCGAUUACAGUUCUGACAAGGAGGAACCAGAUGCUGAAGGUGUGACAUCAAUGCUAGGUCUUCAGAGUUAUUGGGAUGCUGCAUAUGCAGAUGAGUUGGCGAAUUUUCGUGAACAUGGUCAUACUGGUGAAGUUUGGUUUGGAGCUGAUGUCAUGGAAGUUGUCACCUCUUGGACCAAAAACUUAUGCAUUGAUAUUUCUCAAGGUCGCAUGCCAAAUCAUGUUGAUAAUAUCAAGUCUGAUCCUGUUGAACAAGGUGAUAAGUAUCUUUCAGAUUGGAGUGUACUUGACAUUGGGACUGGCAAUGGAUUGCUACUUCAAGAACUUUCCAAGCAAGGGUUUUCGGAUUUAACUGGAACCGAUUAUAGUGAAGGAGCGGUUGACCUUGCUCGAAGCCUUGCUGGUCGUGUUGGAUUACCCAACAUUCAUUUUUUGGUUGAUGAUGUUCUAGACACCAAGUUGGGAAGGCAGUUUCAACUUGUUGUGGACAAAGGAACCUUAGAUGCCAUUGGAUUGCAUCCAGAUGGUUCUAUCAAAAGGGUAAUGUAUUGGGAUUCAGUUUCAAGAUUGGUGGCUCCUGGUGGAGUAUUGGUGAUCACAUCAUGUAACAGCACAAAAGAUGAAUUGGUGCAAGAAGUGGAAAGUUUCAAUCAAAGAAGUGUGACCCAGGAACAUGAUGAAACAUCCAAAGAUAAGUUCCAAUACCUUAGUCAUGUCCGCACAUAUCCGACAUUCAUGUUCGGUGGAUCUGUAGGAUCACGUGUUGCCACUGUGGCAUUUCUCCGAAACUGA